AUGCUCGCCCGCCAGACCGCUCGCCUCGCCGCCGGCGCCCAGCGCCGCGCCUACUCCGGCCUCGUGAACAAGGAGAGCCACAUCGCCGCCGACCAGAAGCUGUUCGCCACGGUCAAGCGCCCCACCUACAUCAAGCGCGAGUCGGACGGCCCCCUGCUCACCGCCAUGUUCCUUGGCCUGGGCUUCGGCUUCGUGCAGAGCUUCCGCGGCGAGUUCUGCAUGGCCACCGGCUCCGGCAAGAAGGACUAA